UCACCCUGCUACGUGGAAAGGAAGUAGCGAGCAGGCUAAAGCUAACGGAGCGACAAGUUGAGAGGGACCAAAACAAACGAUGACAGACGAGCAAAACGGACUAAAGAAGCCCUGACUGUUUUGCGCUUAGCUAUUCUAGACACUGUGUUGGAGAUAGCUGCAUUUCUACGUGAGAAAUGAUGUGACAACGAGCGCCGAGCGGGCGGUCCGCGAGCUGUAACUAACUAUCUGGGAUUAAUGUCGUCCCUUUAACGCGAUGCGUUGGCUAACUCGCAGCGCUGCUAGGCGGCUAAGCGGUAGCUAGCUGUCAACAACGCUUUGCUGGACAGCACAACAUAUGGGAAUUGCGAAGAAUUGUUCUUACCAUGCUAUCGUAGAUACUGACAAAUGCCUUGACGGUAUUAAGUGACUGUACUUUGUGUGCUAACGCCACGUUCCCCGUGAGAUCCGUUUCGCAACUUGGUGAUUGCUAGCCGACGUUAGCCCAACUGCCAAAAUGAGUUGGUUCAACGCAUCUCAUCUGUCCAGCUUCGCCAAGCAAGCUUUAACGACAGCUCAGAAGUCCAUCGACCGAGUCCUGGACAUCAAGGAAGAGGACGGGUGGGGCGACACCGUGGUAAUGCCCUUUGACGAUGUCACCAUGUCUGGGAAGCUGUCAUUAAGCGGAGGAUGGGGCAUGUCGCAGUGGGAAGCGCCCCUCGAGGAAAAGACCGUCACUCCCCCUCCCUCCUCCGACGCCAUCACCACGCCUGUGACUCGCACAGUCGUGGAUGAAUCCGAAAACUUUUUCAGUGCCUUUCUGCCUCUCAGUGAUGGACAUGGUGUCACCAACACCCAAGUGGUGUCUGCACCCCCUGCUAAGUCUCAAAGGCAACCUGAGGACGAGGAGCAGCAGGAGCAGCAGGAGCAGCAGGAGGAGGAGGAGGAGGAGGAGGAGGAGGGAAGGGAAAACAGCGAAGACUGUGUGGCACAACAAGAAGUGGAGACUCAAAAGUCAGCACCGGCUGACGAGAGUCACGACAACCCGACACAAGUCGAGCCCGAGUCCUCGGCAAGUUACGCAGACACCAUCCUCCUGCAGCCCGUCUCUCCGUCGUCUCCCAGCGACCUCCCUUGUGACCCCGACGGCGACGAGAGCCUCGAUAACUCAAGUGCUGCCGCUCCGGUUGCUCCAAACACAAAAAUAGAGGAGUCGCAGACCGAGCAAGAUGCCCCCGAUUCUGCACGACCUGCGGCUGUCGCUUCUGAACCCGAGAGCUCUCCCCCUCCUGAUCCUUCGCCCUCCCCGCCGUCUAAAGAAGUACUUGCAGAGCGUAAAGACUCAAAGGGGGAGGACCGUCAAAAUGACACCCCCUCUCCACCAGUCAGCGCUUUCUCCUCAGGAACAUCGACCACCAGUGACAUUGAAGUGCUUGACCACGACUCCGUGUUGAGCGAAAGCUCGGCCAGCUCCAGACAAGAAACCGGGGAGGGCAAGGCCGGCCUUCACCUAAUGCAGGGCUCCUUCCAGCUUCUCUCCGCCUCCACCUGUGGAGACUUCCCCCGUCUGGAGGACUAUUCCAAACUCACGGAGAGCUGUGGCUCGUCCUCGGACGCGUUCGAGCGCAUAGAUUCGUUCAGCGUGCAGUCGUUGGACAGCCGGAGUGUCAGCGAGGUCAACUCGGAUGAUGAGAUCCCCGGCAGCGGGACACUGGCGUCGGUCACCGCGGACCCUCCUCCUCCCUCGGUGUCGUCCGCUGUAUGCCAGAAGCAGAGAGAUGGUGGAGUGGUGGAGGGGGAAGAAGGGGAGGAAGAGGGCUUUACCGAAAGCAUGAGGGAGCAGUCGCUGGAUGAGAUGGAGGAGAGUGGACGGAGUGCCACACCUGUCAACAGCGAGCCGCCUGAGGAGUUGACCGAACGGGAAUCUGAGGCUGAUUUAAUUCCGUCCGCCCCCGGGGCUGAGGAACGGAUCACUCAACCAAUCACAGAGGAGAUGAAAAGUGUUACGACAGUUCAGAUUUUGGAGCUUCAAAAGGUGAUUGACGAGCUGUCGGGCCGCCUUGAGAAGAGAGAGUCUCAGCUGCUGGCAGUCAGCAAAGACAAAGCCAGACUGGAGGAGAAGUGUGACAAUCUCAAAGAUGAAGUGAUAAGCCUGAAAGAGGAGAGCUUGAUGGUUCCGUCGCUACAGAAUGAGUUCACACAGCGCAUCGCAGAUGCAGAGAGGAAGGCUCAGCUGGCAUGCAAAGAAAGGGACAUAGCCAAGAAGGAAAUAAAAGGUCUGCGAGAAGAGCUUUCCACAAGACUUCACUCCAGUGAUACAUUGGAGAUCAUCAGAGAGAAGGAAGAGCAGAUCAGAGGCCUUUUGGAAGAAGGCGAAAAGUUGUCCAAGCAGCAGCUGCAGCACAGCAACAUCAUCAAGAAACUGCGCGUGAAGGAGAAGGAGAGCGACACCAGGAUCUCCAAGCAACAAAGGAAAAUCAAGGAGCAGGAGGAGGAGCUCAGGCAGCUACAGGAGGUCCUGGAUGGGAAAGAAGAGGUGGAGAAACAGCACAGGGAGAACAUCAAGAAGCUGAACCUGGUGGUGGAGCGGCAGGAGAAGGAGCAGAGCAGGCUGCAGACGGAGUCUGAGGAGAUGCAGGAGAACAACAGGAGCCUUCAGGCUGCUCUGGACAGCUCUUACAAGGAACUCGCUGAACUUCACAAGGCUCACGUCAGCAGAACGAGCGAGGCCGAAGAGGCAGCCCUCGGCAGGGAAACGCAGGCCAAGGAGAAGCUGAGCCUGGCUCUUGAGAAGGCCCAGGAGGAGGCCCGUAUCCAACAAGAGGCUCUGGCCAACCAGGUGGCAGACCUGAGAGUGGCUCUGCAGAGAGCUGAGCAACAGCAAGCGAGAAAAGAAGAUUAUUUAAGGGAGGAGAUCAGUGAGCUGCAGCAGAGGCUCCAGGAGGCUGAGACAAGGAACCAGGAGCUCAGUCAGAGUGUUACCUCAGCAACACGACCCUUACUGCGACAGAUUGAGAAUUUACAGGCCUCAUUGGGCGGACAGACUGCAUCCUGGGAAAAACUGGAGAAGAACAUCUCCGAUAGGCUAGGUAAGAUGAGUUCACCAACAUUCAGAAAUGAGGAAAGAAAGCAAAAACCUUUUUUGAUCUCCCUUUUCUUCUCAACAGCAAAUGCCCAGGCACAGCUGGCUGUUGCCGUGGAGAAAGAGAGAUCUGCAACAGAAGACCUCCUGUCCGUCAAGUCCCAGCUCGCCUCUCUUGAGUCCCAGAACUCCCUGUUCCGUCAGGAGAAGGCUCGACUCCUGGCACAGCUGGAUGCUGAGAAGAACAAGCGGGAGAGACUCGAGGAUGAGAGCAGCAGGGAGCACGUUGAUUUGGAAAAUCUGCGAGGAGAGCACACCCGCCUGCUAGAAGAGGCCAAGAAGGAAAAGCUGCUGCUGACCAAUCAGUUAGAGAUGGAGAAGAUGAAGGUGGAGCAAGAGAAGAAGAAAUGCUACCUGGCACAUGAGGCACUCAAGGAAAAGGAGCGCAAGGUCAUGACUCACUCUGUGGGAGAGCCUCCAGACUCAUCCACACACUCCCUGUCCCGCUCGAGCUCCAUCAGUGGGGCAGACAAUGCCGCUCUACACUCCUCAAUUCUCUCCCAGGACGACUCCAUGGAUUACUCUUUGGGGAGCAUGUCCAUGUCCACGACAAUGAGCGGGACCAACCUGUACGAGGCCGCCAGGCUGGCAGGAGGCUCGAGCAUCAUCGAGAACCUCCAGUCUCAACUCAAACUCAGAGAAGGAGAGAUCACACAACUGCAGCUUGAGAUCUCUGGUCUCGAGAGGAGUCGUUCAGUGAUGGCAGAAGAGCUGGUCCGACUCACCAAUCAAAACGACGACAUGGAGGAGAUGGUGAACGACAUCCCCAAGUUGAAAGUUCAACUCAAGGAUCUGGAGCAAAGGCACAACACUAUCCUGCAGAUGUAUGGAGAAAAGGCUGAAGAGGCGGAGGAGCUGAGACUGGACCUUGAAGAUGUGAAGAACAUGUACAAAAUCCAGAUUGAUGAACUGCUAAAGAACCAGAAGUAAACCAGUUGUUACUGGUUCCCCCUUUGGGACUCUCGCAAACGAAUCAAUUGACCAUCUCAGCCACACAUGCAUUCACAGGAAAGGAAUAUGUGGAGAAUUUAGUUAAACUACUGUGUCAAAAGGAAACCCUUAUCUUUCUGUAUUUUAUUUUAAUUCAUUAUUACAUCCUAUAUUUGAGUGGGGAUGUUGGGAUUAUGUAUAACAUACAAUACAUUCUUACAGAAUCAGCAUGAAGGAGAGCUACAGGUUGUGAUGUUGGUGUCCGCAUUGAAUGAAAUCUUCUUUUGGUGUAAUUUCACUUGUUUAAACCAUUUCAUGGUAUUGUAUAAAGUUUAAAGCUGCUGGGGGAUGGUCAAGCUUAUUUUGCACUAUACAAAUUCAUCCCUGUUCAUUUGUUAAGCCAUAAUCAGAAUGGUUUGAGGAAUAUAUAAAACAAUAUUGUACAGAGAAUUUUAUUAAUUACUCUUAUCUCCGCAAAGUGAUUUUUUUUUAUAGACGUGGGAGUAGUCUGAUUAAAAUGCAGGAGAAGAAGAUUUUAAACCUUAUAAAUAUGUAAAAGAAUAAACAUGUAUUUGGGUGGUGAGAAAUACAA